CACUUUCCCGCCAUGUCAAUACUCAAUCUCAAUCCUAAAAGCCUAUCCCCUUCUCUUUUUAUCCACAAAACCUUUACAAACCCUAAAAGGUCCUCAAUUUCACACCAAAUUUCAAUCUUUAAGCCCCCAAUUUACUGCAAAUCCAAUCAAAUAACCGAAAGGGGCAUCCUUUUUGACACCGGAGACACCUUUUUCCGCCACGAAAGCGCCACAGGCCGAGACCUCGGGGUCCUCUCAGCAGCACUCUACAAGCAAUCCAAAGGCCAAUUAAGAGUCCUCGAUGCAAUGUGCGGCUGCGGAAUCCGGUCCCUUCGCUACCUCAUCGAAUCGAAAGCCGAUUUCGUGUUAGCCAAUGAUGCAAACGAAAGCCACAGGAGGGUUAUUUUGGAGAAUUUAGCACAAGUUGAAAGGCUUCAAGGGCAAAACAAAAGAUGGGUAAUCACGCAUUGGGAAGCCAACCGGGUUUUAACGGAUUGUUAUUUGCAAAGGGAUUAUUUUGAUUAUAUUGAUAUAGAUUCCUUUGGAAGUGAUUCGUCUUUCUUUUUAAGGGCUGCUUUUAAUAGUUUGAAACUUGAUGGGUUGGUUUAUGUUACUUCCACUGAUGGCUAUUCAUCUGGAGGUCACCGCCCUUACCAUUCAUUAGCAACAUACGGAGCAUAUGUUCGUCCAAUGCCGUAUGCAAAUGAGCUUGGUUUGCGAAUCCUUAUAGGUGGUGCUGUGAGGGAGGCUUCUGUACUGGGAUAUCGUGUUACCCCACUUUUUUCAUACUACUCUUACCAUGGACCUGUUUUCAGGGUCUUGCUCCGAAUGAAUCGAGGGAAGCUACCUGACAACAGGGAUUAUGGUUUCAUCUGCUACUGUAACUGCUGUGGAAAUUCUCAAGCAGUUUCAUGGAGUGAACUUGGUCAAAUCAGAUGUCCCUGCAGUAACACAAAAGAUGCUGCAUCACUUGUUGUAUCAGGCCCUCUGUGGACAGGACCUCUUCAUAGUGCUGCUUAUAUCAUGGAAAUGUUAAAUUUGGCUGAGCAGUGGGGAUGGGUGGGCGAUGGUGCAGGGACUGAUCUAGAAAAGCUGCUGAAACGAAUGUUGGAAGAAAGUGACCCCAGAUUACCAUUUGGGUACAUAAAAUUAGAUGAGGUGGCUAGUCGUGCACAAACAAAUACUCCUUCUAUAAGUACUAUCAUGAGCACCCUUCGCAAGGAGGGAUAUGCUGCAAGUAGAUCUCACAUUGCCUCCAAUGCAAUCAAGACAAACUGUCCUAUGGCAGUGUGCAUCAGGAUUGCCAAGGAAUUACAUGGUUGCUGAAAUAUUCAAGUUUGAAGGCAUUAACCAUAAGUCUGUAACAGCUCUGGAACUGGAAGCUGAGCCUAGUUCCUUUGCCUGCGGUUGAGAAGCGCGGUCGUGGAUGCUCUUGAAGAAAAAAAUAGCGCGUUGCACUUUAGCCUUGAACCUAGGAAUCUUUUGACAAGACAUUUCUGACUGGAUGACUUGAGUUGUUCAAGCUUGUUUGAGUUUGGGUUUUAUUUUGCCACUCUUGCUUUGUUAGAGAUGGGAAUCACGUAUGUAGAAGGAAAAGAGAGUGGCGCAAUCGAGCUUGAGAUGCGUUAUAAUCAUUUCAGUGGGAGCAAUUGAAUCUAAAAAUUGUCAAAUUCAAGUCAACUUGAAUAAGUUUGGGUUAGACUCUUUGUUCACAUCGAACCAGCUUUUCUACUCCAUAUAACACACUGAAACACUUUCUACAUAAUUUCCAGUUUACCAAUGCAUUCAAGUCUGACGCUGUUUCAAUACUGGUUUACUUGUCAGCUUCGCAUAUUCCUACACCAAAGCUGCGAAUAUUAGAAAUUUAGAAUUCACACUUCCAUACCAUUUAGUCCUCUUUGAUAUUACUGGUCAACCCAUGAAAUUACUAAAAACAACAUAACUCAUGU